AUGUCACCUCUCACGCUGGUCGCAGUCAUCAGUGCCUCGUUCCUCGCAUUCGCCACUGCGAAGGGCGCGGAGCCAGGAACAGGGCCAACGUAUUCCGUAUCCCUGGGUGGCGAUGGCGAAUGCCUCGCCGCGGUCAACGCUGCUCGCCAGGCAGUUGGGUUCAGCCAGCUGCUACAAGCAGGAGAAGGAGAUACAAAAAAACGGCUGCCUGGAGAGGUCACUUCUCAAAAGGAAUCAGAAGAUGGUUGGGCCUGGAAGCCGGUGUGCGAGUCCUUGAUUCCAACCAACGAGAAAUUAGGAGAUGCUGCAGGCUCUGGUGAGCAAGCUCAGUUCGAGAGCGGCACAUACGCGUACCACGUCGUUGAUAAUCCAGAUGCCGUCGACUGCACAGCCAUUGUAAACAAGUGGAAAGGUGCCUACAGCAACUUUGAUGGAUUGCCUCCACCUAACAAAACGGAUGAGGCGCUGUAUCAAAAACAGGAGAACGUCUCGUUCGUGGCCCUUUACAACCCUUCAGAGAACGCUACUGCAGAUUGCCGUGUCGUCACUUGCACUAAGACGACUCCUGCAACUGCAAGUUUCACAGCAACAAGAAACACCGGAGAUAAAACGGAAACGGGCUCCGCUUUGAUCUGCAUGACCGUGCCUGAUGUGCUUCCCAAGGAAGGAGGCAAGGCCCCUUUCACGGAGGAGCAAUGGGGACAGAUCGUGACCGCCCUCGAAGGCUCUGCCUCCGCCGUUGUGCCCGGCGUUGUCAGUCUUGCAUUGGGGAUCCUUGGCCUCAGCAUGCUGUGA